GUUUUGUUUUUUAGGAUUGUGCUGUAGAGGGAAAGGAAGAGAGUGUCGUAAAUUUGUCCAGCACCAGGUCGGAGGUGUGUGUAAUUGGGGUAAAUUCUCAGCAAUUCAGAAGCUAUCCAUUGGCCUGGCAGGAGCUUGUCUGUGAUACAGUUGCUUAUCUUUUAAAAUGAGCUUAAAUGUGAACGCAGAAAGUACACGGGAGAAUCCUUUUGCAGGAGGGUGGGUAUAGGUAAGUGUGAAUUUGAAAAUGGCAGUGAAAUCGUUUGCCUCCUAAAACUUCCUUCACUUCUGAACGUUGCACCUGCUCUCUCACUAAUUAGAAGUGGUGGAUUCCUGACCAGUGAAUGUUUAAGGAUUGCAUCGGUUCAGUGCCCAGUGAAGUGAGAUCCCAACCAGUUCAUUUUUUGCAGUGUGGAUGGAGCAGUCUGCCUAGCUCAUCUAGCAUCCCACGGGAGGACCCGCAGGCAUCCUCACCUCAGGGAUCCCCCUGGGCUGGAAGAUGUCUUUCUGGAGUUCUUGAAGUGUUUCCCUUUGUUUUUGGCAACCUCUUACAGUAAGAUUAGCCAGUAACGACUGGAAAGUGGCUUAUCUGACAGUGCUGAGUGUGGAUAAAGAAGGAACUAGCUACAUCCCUUCUAGGAGCUGAUGUAGGUAUUGGCAGUGUCUGGCUGUGCGUGUUCUUUGCAGCAGUUCUUGUUUGUUUUGUUUUUGUUUUAUCCCAACAUCUGACAAUAGUAAAUCUGCAGAUAGUUAGACCUAUCAGUGCAGCAUCCAAACUGAGUGACCCCGUAGUCCCAGCCCUCCUCUCUCAGUAAGGUGCUGUACUGGUUACCAGGGGAGCAGAUGGGGUCCGGCCUCCUCCCUCAGGCGGGCAGAGCUGUGCUUCAAACACCUCCGAGAAGCAGCCAGGGAGAAAGAGUGGGGAUGGAAUUGCAGGGCACCCAUUGACUUCCAGCCCCUGCCUUGUGUUCUGAGCCAUUGUGUGAGUGUGACUCUCCCUCCUGAUGAAGAAUAAGAAGGGACAGAACUGUGGCAGUGCUGUGGGGCCGGAGUGUGCUGCCAGCCAUGUGCAGAAUACUCAUUUGGAGUAGAUGAUGGUACAAGGAACUCACACUAGAAAGUUCAGAGUAAUUGAUUUUUUUAGUUACUUAAGGUCCCUUAAUGUGUCCCGACUAGCAGGUUUGUUUGGGGCUCCAUAAUUAAUGACACAUUGGACCAUACAGCCUCAAAGGUGCCCAGAGGUUCUCAAAGGAAACUUUAAGGUGUGUGGAGUUGUGGUUUGUGUUCAGAAUCUUCAUCCACACUGUCUACAAGUCAGACUUCUUUUCUGGUCACAAAGAAGCUUACCGGCAGAGCCAAGCUUCCUCUGAGUGUGGGAACCAGCUAAUCUGCACAUCGCAGCUGAUCUGCCUCAGGUUUGUGAGUUGGUGUGACAGAUAAGCACACGGGCAGCGUUUGGGCGUGUGUGAAAUGGAGCUGAGUUUGUUUCCCUUCCCUUUUCUGCCUUAAGGUGAAGAUUGACCUUUGCAGACGUUCUGUGAUUAAUUCUAAGCGUGCCCUGCAACGGAGCCCAGAGGUGCUGAGAGCAACACAAGGGAGGCACGAGGGUAGAUGGGGCAGUCUGGGCGUACUUAGUGCUGGCAUCGUGCUUCAGCACAUCACAAAUCACUCCAGGAAGCCCUGGUGAGCCAUAGUGGGCUUUUGAAUGUUCUUCUUUUCUGUAAUGCUGAGUGCCAGGACACAUGUACAAACAGAAAUUUCUUCUUUUGUAAUCUGUCUCUUCUUCCUGUAUGAUUCUGUAGGGAUGCCUCAGCUUCUUGCUCAGCAGUGGAUGUGGUGUCGUGAGCGUUGGAGUAUGGGCUGAAUUGGUUCAGCAGGGAAGAGCAGUUUGAUUGUAAAGAGAACUUUAUUCAGAAACAUGAUGUGAAACGUAUUCAUGGCAGUAGGAAACAGCAAACUGAGGCAUGUCCUGUCUUCUUGACGGAGAUAGGGUAAUUCCUGCUAAUGGUACUUCUGUUUUAUUGGGAGGGAGAGGACUUGAACCUCCAUGAGACUCUGAUUUCUGCACAUUUGGAUUUAUGUAAGCUGGGAUUUGAGCCCUUUAAGGUAAGCUCCUGGUGUGAUAGCCCAAACUGAGCUCCUUGAGCAAAGCUGCUGGGAGUGCUUUGUGUUGGUGGCUCAUCUGCUGCACCAGUGCGGUCCAUCACCAGGUGCUGGUGGUGCAGUGCUACACUUGACCAGAGUCUUCGGCUUGGAUAAAAGCAGAUAAGUAGAUGAAUUAUAGUAGCAUUGAUCUUUGCCUCCUGCAGAAUUAAUUGUGGGAGGAAUGAGACAGAAAUGUGAUCUCAUCAACUUGUGGAAACCAUUUUAGAGACCGUGAUGGGAAGAGGGAGAUGGGUCCUCUUCACAGGUCUCAGCUUGCACGUCUGUGCAGUUUGGCUGAUGGGUUUAACGGGAAAGAAGCUUAAUUAUUUCUUUAACUUAUGUAUUUUCUAGUAUGUAAGUGGUCAGUCGGCUUCCUUCCCCCGCUGCGUGCGGAAAUUGAUCUCAGCCAGCUUAGCAAGAGCAAGUUUUGGAGAUUCUUUGUGAAAAGGAGCUGCUGCUUUGUGUUGGCUAAGUGAUAGAAGAGCAGAAGGGCUCCGAAGCAAACAGGACAUAAAACAACCUCGGGUGAAUUCCAGAAAAAUGGAAAGUUCUUUUGCUGCUCUCAUCCUGGGGAGGACGCAGCAGAACGGAGCGAGGUGAUUGCAGGCAGUCAUGCUUUUGCUCUGACCUUUUCCAAGGCAACUGCUGGGAGACUGCACCUACUGCAGCGUCCUUGCAAGAGUUCUUUAGCUUCAAAUGCAGCAACAGGGAAGUGUCCAUCACUGAAUUUGUCACAGCGAAACCAGUUCUUUUGCUCAGACAUUGUGCCACACAGCAGCCAGUAGUGCCACGUAUGUUUGUUCCCAUGAGAAACUGAGCGUUUUUGAAUGUUUUUUCUGUUCUGUUUGGUGCUUCUCAGAAAGCCUGUGUGCUGAGCACUGCUCCUUGGGACUUCCUGGAUAACCCAUGGCCGUAAUCUGUCAACCUGUGUGCUCUGAAACUGAGAAGCACCGAGUAAGACUUCUGUUAGAGCUUUGUUUCCCGAUGUGAAGCUGCUCUGCAGAGGUGGUGCCUCGGAGGUGUGCUGCCUGCCGCAGUGUGGACGGAUGCAUGUCACCAGGUGGCUGUGUGCCUGUGCCACUGCUGUGCAACAACGCUUGUUUUGUGCUCUCCUGCCUCCCGGAGGCGUUCAGUCUUCAGUCAUCCUCCUCUCUGCCGAGGUACAGCUCCAGGUCAGCCUUUCUGAACUGCUCAGCUCUUGACUUCCCUGAGCUUUCUACAGGGCUUGCAGCGAGCGCUCUGACACUAGUGCCAAUGUGGAGAUUCACUGAUAAAACCGAGUGCUUUCCAUCCAAAGCAAAGCUGAUGAUUUUUUGGUAGGAGCCAGAAUUGGAGCCUGGAUCUCGUAGAGAGCAGGCAGUUGACUGGAGGCAGUGACAUUCACGUGGAGUCAUCUGGGAACGUCCUGCAGGCUUCCCAUCCCUUGCUUCAGCAGUGUUUUCCAUUUUACUGGUUUCAUGCUGUCCCAGUUGCCAAACUGUUAAAUAUUAACGAUUUGCCUGGAAAGCUGAAACAUGCCAUUCAGAAGGUGUGGGAGCGGCUUGGGUGAUUACGUCUCUCCCGGUGACUGUGCAGGAAAGUACCUGUCUUUUCCAUCCUUUCCUGGUGGGGCAGGAGUGGCAAGAGCCGUUAAGCCUUGGGCUGUUAGGACCAUGCCAGACAGAGGACUGAAACCCAAGAGAGAACAUGAAGAGUUUGCUGCACGCUUUGGACUCUUCAUACCUCGAUGAGCUCUCCAACAAUAACUCUCUCUUCUCAUCUCCUGCGGAUUCCCUCUCUGACAUCGUGGAUGCGAAGGACUGCUUGCCUGCGGACAGCCUGAACCACGUGCCAACCAUAUGGGACGUAAACACGUCGCAGCAGAACCAGACAGAGCUGUUCUCACCCAGCAGAUCAUUCAGUGGCUUGAACAGUUUGGACGACCGCAUUCCUGCUGUCCCCAGCACCCCGCUCCUCACAAGCUACCAGUCUCAAGCUCCUGCAGAAGAGGAGGAUGAAGGUGAUGAGGAAGAAACAGAAGAGUUGGGGCAAACAGAGACCUAUGCAGAAUAUAUACCCUCAAAGUCCAAGAUUGGGAAGCACCACCCCGACCUUGUGGUAGAAACAAGCACUCUAUCCAGCGUCCCCCCACCCGACAUCACCUACAGCCUUUCUCUGCCGUGCUCCGUUGCUGACAAAGGGUCACUCUCUGCACUACAGCUGGAAGCAAUCAUUUACGCCUGCCAGCAACAUGAAGUUUUAUUACCCAAUGGGCAGCGAGCUGGCUUCCUCAUUGGGGAUGGUGCCGGAGUUGGGAAGGGCAGGACAGUUGCGGGCAUCAUCUUUGAAAAUUAUCUUAAAGGGAGAAAAAAAGCUCUUUGGUUCAGUGUCUCCAAUGAUCUCAAGUACGAUGCUGAGAGAGACCUGAAGGACAUUGAAGCCUCCCACAUUCCUGUGCAUGCUUUGAAUAAGAUUAGAUAUGGAGACACAGCUACCUCAGAAGGAGUCCUCUUUGCCACUUACUCCGCUCUGAUUGGUGAAAGCCAGGCAGGCGGGCAGCAUAGGACGCGCUUAAAACAGAUUUUGGAUUGGUGCAGGGAAAACUUUGAUGGAGUUAUUGUAUUUGAUGAAUGCCACAAAGCCAAAAAUGCCAGCUCUACUAAAAUGGGCAAAGCAGUGUUGGACCUUCAGAACAAACUGCCUCAGGCGAGGGUUGUUUACGCCAGUGCCACAGGUGCCUCUGAGCCAAAAAACAUGAUCUAUAUGAGCCGCCUGGGAAUCUGGGGGGAGGGCACCCCGUUCCAUGCGUUUGAUGAGUUCCUGCAUGCAAUUGAAAAGAGGGGAGUUGGUGCAAUGGAGAUCGUGGCCAUGGACAUGAAGGUCAGCGGAAUGUACAUUGCCAGGCAGCUCAGUUUCACCGGAGUGACCUUCAGGAUCGAGGAGAUCCCUCUGGAUCAGCAGUACAAGAUUGUCUAUGACAAAGCAGCAAAGUUGUGGGCAGAGGCCUUGAUGGUGUUCCAGCAGGCAGCUGACCUGAUCGGCUUGGAGUCUCGGAAAUCCCUGUGGGGUCAGUUCUGGUCAGCUCACCAGCGCUUCUUCAAGUAUCUCUGCAUUGCUGCUAAAGUCCGGCGACUCGUUGAGCUUGCCAAGGAGGAGCUGGCAAAGGACAAGUGCAUCGUCAUUGGCUUGCAGUCCACCGGCGAGGCUCGCACCCGAGAAGUCCUGGAUGAGAAUGAUGGGCAUCUCAAUUGUUUUGUUUCUGCUGCAGAAGGCGUCUUUCUAUCACUAAUUCAGAAGCACUUUCCUUCAACCAAAAGAAAGAGAGAAAAAGGAACUGGCAUUAAAAGAAAACGCAAGCAGAGGGGCCGCUGCGCCAAGGCUCUGAAGGGCAUGUGUGACCCGAUGGGGGUGAUCAAGAUCAGCGAUGACAGCAGCACCGACUCGGACAUGGGGCUCGACAGCGACUUCAACUCCUCCCCAGAGUCCGUGCUUGAGACCGACGAUGUCAUCUUCAUCGAGCAGGCCUUCAAUGGCUUUGUGACUGAGAGCAGAAGUAGUUUUCACAUGCUGCCUUCCCAUAAAGAGAUGCAUGGCCUGAGAGAACUGGAGCACGUGGAAAAGAUGAAGCAGGACCUACUAGCAAAAGUAAAAGCACUGGGCAAAGAGCUACCUCUCAAUACCUUGGAUGAACUGAUCAAUCACUUUGGGGGACCGGAGCACGUGGCUGAGAUGACCGGGCGGAAGGGCCGUGUGGUUUGCAGACCGGAUGGCUCUGUCAUGUUUGAAUCUCGUGCAGAGCAAGGCCUCUCUAUCGACCACGUUAACCUGAAGGAGAAGGAGCGUUUUAUGAAUGGGGAAAAGCUUGUAGCAAUAAUCUCCGAGGCCUCCAGCUCAGGAAUCUCUCUCCAAGCAGACAGACGGGUGAAAAACCAGAAGCGCCGGGUCCACAUGACGCUGGAGCUGCCCUGGAGCGCAGACCGUGCCAUUCAGCAGUUUGGUAGAACACACCGAUCGAACCAGGUUUCUGCUCCAGAGUAUGUCUUCCUUAUUUCUGAGCUAGCUGGAGAGAGGAGGUUUGCAUCCAUUGUGGCAAAACGUCUGGAGAGCCUAGGUGCCUUAACUCACGGAGACCGAAGGGCCACUGAAUCCCGAGACCUCAGCAAGUACAACUUUGAGAAUAAGUAUGGGGCUAAAGCACUAGACAGAGUUCUCUCCACUAUCCUCAACUACACGGAGAACAGAGUCCCUGUGCCCAAGAGCUACGACAGAGGAGAGGCUGCAUUUUUCCAGGAAAUGAAGCAAGGUCUUAUCUCUGUGGGGAUCUGCUGUAAUCACUUGAAGUAUGGCACUGUCUCAGUAGAGAAAGACUGCUCCAUCACCAAGUUCCUCAACCGGAUCCUGGGCCUGGAGGUGGACAAGCAGAACAUGUUGUUCCAGUAUUUCUCUGAUACCUUUGACUAUCUGAUUGAAAAGGACAAGAAGGAGGGCAAAUAUGACAUGGGCAUCCUAGAUUUAGCUCCAGGAAUUGAUGAGAUCUACGAGGAAAGCAAGGAGAUCUUCCUGACCCCUGGGCACCCGCAGGAUGGGCAGGUUGUGUUUUAUAAGAUCAGCGUUGACAGAGGCCUGAAGUGGGAGGAAGCUUAUGAGAAGUCACUGAAACUGACAGGAUCCUAUGAUGGGUUCUACCUCUCCUACAAGACACGAGGCAGCAAAUACACCUGUCUGCUGGCAGAGCAGGGCCGUGGCAAGAACUUCAUCCUCUACAAGCCAAAUAUUGGGAAGCAGAGCCAGCCUGAGAGCUUGGACAGUCUGCACAAGAAAUACCGGCAGGUGACGCCUGAGGAAGCCAAGGAGCACUGGGAGAGCUGUUAUCACUUCUCCUUGAAGAAGUGCAACCACGCUGUCUGGAACAGGAACUGCAAGCUGAUCCAGGAGGGGAAGGAGUGUUUCCAGGGCAUGCGCCUGCGUCACUACUACAUGCUGUGCGGGGCCCUGCUGCGGGUGUGGACCAGGAUUGCCAGCAUCAUGGCAGACAUCACUAACACCAGCUACCUGCAGAUCGUCCGCCUCAAGACCAAAGAGAAGAAGAAGCAAGUUGGGAUAAAGAUCCCCGAGAGCUGUGUCCGUAAGGUGCUGGAGGUGCUGAAGCAGAUGGAUGAGGACGUGAAGCGGAAGCACAACCAACUCCUCCAGGCGCAAGAGCAGAGCCUGCAGUUCUCCCUCCCGCUGCACGUGCUGCAGCAGCCCCUGGACCUCACGCAGACAGCACCCAGGCUCCCCCUACCCCAGCACUCCCUGCGCCCCAACGAGAUCCUGGACCUGACCUACAGCCCUCCCAGCGACAGCAUUCCCAACAUGAUGAACCUGGAGCCCAGCGCUCUGUGCUUCCCCCUGGAGCCUGUGCUCCCACCGCACCAGCAGCACGGAUCUCCCUUUGGCUUCAGCCACCUUUCUGCCUUCAAGAACCCGGACCCCGUCCUGGAGGGGAGCGUGCCUCUGAGCUCUUCGCUGCAAGAACAUCAACCCCUGCCUCACCCCGAGCCCUCACAGGCUCUGCAGCAGCAGCAGGAAGAUUUUGUCCAACAGGAUGGGAAUAUCAAUUUCAGAGAGAUCCUGGAGGACAUGCUGAGGACGUUCAAUGAAGCCCCCCAAGAGAACAUAUUCCCCCAGGAGCGCCAGAGCGUGAUCCAGUUCAGUGGGCUUUCCCCAAACUUGAGAGCCUCUGGGUGCACCGGGCAAUGCUCAGCCACUGCGGAUCCGUAUCCUUUGGUGCAGAGAUGAGGGCUGGGGAGCCCUGGCUUUUCUACUGGUUUGGACUGAUCCAUUUCAUUUUUUGAGGGAAGAAAAAAAAAAAAAAAAGAAAAAACAACCUAUAGUUCCUUAAAGCAAAGUUUAUUUAUAUAUAAUAUACAGUCAGGCAUGUAUAGAUUUGUAUAUAACGUGCUUGGGGGUAGUUGAGUGCUGCCAAGUUCAGCUGAUCUGGACUGAUGGUCUCUGCUGUGUUCGAGUCCCGCUCACGGGUCAGUGCUGUGUGGGACCGAGGAGAGACGCCCGUUCCCUGCAGACUACUGAGUUUCCAAGCCGGGUCGUGCCUCUCCCAGCCCAGAGCUCUGCAGCUGCAGCCCCUGGAGCUGCCUCAGCUUUGCAGCAAGGGCAGGAGCUGACUGCACCAGCUCCUGGUUAGCCAGGACAAACUGCUGAGUUUGUCACAGCUCCGCCACGCCGGGACCACGCAGGGAUUGCCCGGAGCAUUGGGGCCAUGAGUCCCUUCGACCUCUCCUGAGCCUGCAGGGCUGCUGCAGCUGGCCGUGCUUUUCCCAAAUUUUGCUGCCGUGUGCUUUUUGUCCUGGCCUCCUCCCCAGCCCUGUGCUGCAGGGCUUGUUCUUGGCUGGGACGGAGAUGGCCUGGCUGCAUCACCCACUGCUGCUCUCAGCCCCACAGAGAGGUCCCUGGCGAGCACAGGGACGUGCAGUAUUGCUGCUCAUGCUGCAAAUCCAACCUCCAAUACCAAAGAGCAAACGUCUGCUUUGCACUGCACUGCCCCAGAUCCCCACCUGCCCCAGCAGCAGCGUGGGCAGCUGCCCCCCCCCCCCCCCCCCCAGCACAGAGGGCACUGCCACCGGCCCCACUCCGCACCUUGCACCUCGGCAGGUCCCGGGGACGUGUCUUGUUUUCUCUGCUUAACCUGAGGAGUGUGGCAGGAGGCUGGCAGCAGUGCCCCGGGAAGCUGCCCUGCAUCCUCCCUUCCACAUCUGUUCUCUGCCUUCGGUCACCUAGGUGUUCCCUGGAAGCAGCACUGGGAUGCUUUCAGGGGAAGGACGCGAGCCCCUCCCUGGCUGGCCCAGCUUUUGGUGAGGACCUGGAGGGGCCACCACUGGCAUCCCCCUGCCCGGACAGGUCACUCUUGAGGGGCUGCAGCUUUCCACGUGCCCCUGAGCCCCCCCCCAGGCACAGAGCCCCAGCUUUGGGAAGCGCCAUGGGUCGCUGCAACCACAGAGAUGGGAGCUGCCCGCCCUGAUGUGCUGAGAGCAGGGGCAGCCCGUGGGCUCCCUGCCCUUCGUGCUGGGGGUUCCUCCCCCCCGCCCCCCCCCAGCCCCACUGUUUGACCGUGUCCAAGAAACCCUCCUUACCUCACAGCCUGCACCAAAGACGGGAGCCCCUGCGCGCAGCGGGGCCGCGCCGCUGCCCCCAAGAUCCCAGCAGAGCAGGGCUCUCCCCCUUCCCCUCCUCCUAAUUUAAAGUAUUUCCCGGCUCACAACACUCAAACGUUCACUCACUCGGCACUUGCUGAAUUCUCGGCGACGAGGGAAAAGGAAACCAAGAAAACCCAGUUCGGAGAGACUCAAACUCAGGAAUCACGACGAGGUGUUCCCACCCGGGCGCCCUUUGCCCACCACUGCGCCGCAUUUCCAGAGUCCCACGUGGUGGCUUUGACAUACGAUGAUAAAAUAUAUGCAAUUAUCCCUCCCCGAUCUCUGAAAGACAGAGAGCACCUUCAAGGAAACCCCUCCCCGCCCUGAUCCUGUGUUUUCGUCAGGGUUAAUAAUAUGUAACGAUAUCUUUUAACUAAAUUAUUACGCCGUCGUCCUACUGAUUGUAUGUAUUUUUAAAUGAGUCCCUCUUUUUUUCUUCCCUUACACCUUUUUGUUAGCACUUUUUUAAUCUGCUUGUCGUUUGCCUUAUGUUUUUUUUUUUUUUCUAUGUGUAUUUAUAAUUGAUGGAGAUGUAUAUAUGUAAAGAGAUUUUUUUUUUUUUUAGAACAAUGUGCCUUGGACUAAUAAUUCCCGAAUUUUCUACUUGCCUCGGAAGGAUCAUUUUUCAAUCUGCUCAGUAAAAAGAGAAAGGAGCCACGUGCGAGAUGUCUG